GACUGUGUAACAUUAAUUUAUUCAAGCAGCCUUAAAAUCUCGCGGUGCUACCUCUCAGACAUCUUGCAUUUUAUUAAGUCUGGUUCUGGGCGCAAAAGCGACACAAACAUAGAUGUUAACACGUUCCACGUAAACUUCAGCUGCGCCUCUGACUGAAUCCUUCCUCUCCGUUUUCGUGUCCCCGGUGUUAGCGGAUGUGAGGCGGUUGCUCGGACCGAGCCUCGCGUGCCAGUCCCGCCGACUUCAGUCGCUCUCGAACGGGGGCUGUGCGAGAGCUUUGUGCGUCAUCUCCAUCGCUGCCGCUGCCGUUUCUCCGACUUCUUUUUCUCCGCUGAGGCAACAUGGCAACUCCCGCCGCCGUCAACCCCUCCGAGAUGGGCAGCGAGUUGCCAGGAACAGUCGGGAUGCCCGGAGCGGUCGGUGCCGGCCAGGUGAGGAUGGGAGCAGCCGUGUCAGGCCGCGGGGGCAAGCGGAGAUCGGCAGGAAUGGACUUUGACGACGAGGACGGAGAGGGACCGAGCAAAUUUUCAAGGUAUGAUGAUGAUGAUCAGAUUCCUGGUGGGGAUAAGGAGAAAUACGCCAGGGAGAACCACAGUGAGAUUGAGCGACGCAGACGCAACAAAAUGACCCAGUAUAUCACCGAGCUGUCGGACAUGGUGCCCACGUGCAGCGCCCUCGCCCGCAAGCCCGACAAGCUCACCAUCCUGCGCAUGGCCGUGUCUCACAUGAAGUCCAUGCGGGGCACCGGGAACACGUCCACCGACGGGGCCUACAAGCCCUCGUUUCUCACCGAACAGGAAUUGAAGCACCUGAUCCUGGAGGCGGCGGACGGCUUCCUGUUUGUGGUCGCCGCGGAGACGGGCCGGGUGAUCUACGUGUCGGACUCGGUGACGCCGGUGCUGAACCAUCCCCAGGCGGAGUGGUUCGGCAGCACCCUCUACGAGCAGGUCCACCCCGACGACGUGGACAAGCUGCGGGAACAGCUCAGCACUUCAGAAAACUCCAUGACAGGACGGAUCCUGGACCUGAAGACGGGGACGGUGAAGAAGGAGGGACAGCAGUCGUCCAUGAGGAUGUGCAUGGGCUCGCGACGCUCCUUCAUCUGCCGCUUGAGGUGUGGCAGCGCUCCUCUGGAUCACAUCUCCCUCAACCGUCUGUCCAACAUGAGGAAGCGAUACAGGAAUGGACUUGGACCGUCCAAAGAAGGAGAAGCCCAGUACUCGGUGGUGCACUGUACCGGCUACAUCAAAGCGUGGCCCCCCGCAGGUAUGACUAUACCAGACGAAGACACAGAGGCGGGUCAGACCGGGAAGUACUGCCUAGUGGCCAUCGGGAGACUGCAGGUGACCAGCUCUCCUGUCUCCAUGGAUAUGAACGGCCUGGCGGUGCCCACAGAGUUCCUGUCGCGUCACAACUCAGACGGUGUCAUCACCUUCGUUGACCCUCGCUGUAUCAACGUCAUCGGUUAUCAGCCUCAGGACCUGCUAGGAAAAGACAUUCUGGAGUUCUGUCAUCCUGAGGACCAGAGUCACCUGAGAGAAAGCUUUCAGCAGGUGGUGAAGUUGAAGGGACAAGUCCUGUCCGUGAUGUAUCGCUUCCGAAUGAAGAACCGGGAGUGGAUGUUGAUCCGAACGAGCAGCUUCACCUUCCAGAACCCGUACUCUGACGAGAUCGAGUACAUCAUCUGCACCAACACGAACGUCAAGCAGUUACAGCAGCAGCAGCAGGCGGAGCUGGAGGUUCACCAGAGAGACGGACUGACCGCCUACGAUCUGUCCCAGGUCCCUGUCGCCAACGUCAGCAGCGGCGUCCACGAGGCGGGGAAGAGCAUCGACAAGACGGAGGCCCUGUUCUCUCAGGAGAGAGACCCACGCUUUGCUGAGAUGUACACUGGCAUCUCUGGCUCGGGAGAUAAGAAGAUGAUGGUUCCCUCCUCCACAGCUGGAGGACAGCAGCUCUACUCGCAGAGUUCUCCUUUCCAGCAGGGACACUCUGGCAAAAGCUUCAGUUCCUCUGUGAUCCACGUCCCUGGUGUGAACGACAUCCAGCCGUCCGGUUCCUCCAAUCAGAAUCUAGCUCAGAUUUCCAGGCAGCUCAACCCGGGCCAGGUGGCCUGGUCAGGCAACCGACCCCCGUUCUCUGGACAGUCCAGUAAAGCCCAGUCCAGUCCAUUUGGUAUCGGUUCCGGCCACAGCUACCAGACGGACCCGGCCUCCUACAGUCCUCUGUCGUCGCCCGCCACUUCCUCUCCAAGCGGCAACGCGUACUCAGGACUGACGAACCGCAGCACGGCCUUCGAUGUGUCGGGGGAGAGCAGUCAGAGUGGAGCCCAGUUCCAGGGUCGUCCCAGUGAGGUCUGGUCCCAGUGGCAGAAUCAGCAUCACUCCCAGCAGGCCGGGGAACAACACACACAUCCCAACCCCAGCCAGACAGAAGUCUUCCAGGACAUGUUACCAAUGGCUGGAGAUCCCACCCAGGGAACAGCCAACUACAACAUCGAGGACUUUGCUGACCUCGGCAUGUUCCCACCCUUUUCCGAGUAACCCCCCCUCCCCUCUCCUCCUCCUCUCCCUUUCUAUCACUCCCCCUCUCAGAACUGGACUAAUGUUUGUAUUCAUCUCUCAUGUUCUCUCGUCUUCUCUUUUAAAGAACGGGUCAAAAGUUUAAGAACAACCUGUUUUUGUUUAGAUUUCUUCAUUUCAACUUCAGUGGAAGUGGUACGAAGCAAAACUGGCCAACGGAAACAAAAAAUAAUGCAGAAAUCAGCAAAAAUACUUUCUUUCUUCUUCUUCAGAAGUCCAUGGAGAAAAACGGCUCACAGGAGUCGUUAGUCCGCUGCCGUCGGUACGUUCACUGGUAUCAUUUUGUGAAUUUGGCGUUCGAAAUUCUUAGUUUGGAUUUACCUGAGUGACAAAACAUUUACCAAACAUGUUAGCGAUAGAGCAGCAGCUCGUGUGUCUCCACAGGCUUAAAAACGAUGAUUUUCUCUAUGGACUUUGGUGUGGGAGAGUAACAAAAGCUCACAGUGCACGGUCAGAAAAGGCUGUGUAACGAGUGAAAUGCUUGAAGUUAUGAUUUGUUUGGUCAGCUUCCUGUAUUUGAUCCCUGCUCGCAGUAAUCUCAGUAAAAAUCGAGCUGUUCUCAAACCUUUGACCUGUGCUGUACGGUGAUGGAUCACCAACACAUGGCUGAUGUGCACUUGUCACUCUCUCUCACACACACACACACACACACACACACACAGCAUGACCUGCACCUGUACACAUGCAGUACUCGUUUUCUGACGGACGUCCAUUCUCAAGCUUUUUCUAACAGGCGGCGGCGGCAGCAGCAGCACGACCGCAGAGAUUAUCCCUGGAUUUUUCACACUUCCUCUCUAGAUUACACCUGAUAAGUGAAGGUUUAACUCAAAAGCAGCCGUGACACAUUUUCAAAAUAGUCAUUCCAUCUAAACAAGCAGGCGGGAAAAAAAAACAUUGAUUUAAGUCAUUUUGCCUAUUAUUUGUCAUAAUUGUGUCAUAUAAUGAUGUUAAUGUGAUCAUUUGGGGGGGUUUUGAAAUGUGUUUAUGAGGGACUGACAUGAAAAGUUCUGGCUCUUAGUAAAAAAAACAUGAUUUUACGUCACGUUUGUAAAAAAACGUUCCACCGCUGCCUCCAUCAGUAAGUUGUAGAGUGUUAUUUUGUGAUUUUCAGUGUUUGAAAUCCUUCACUAAGAUUCAUCAACAUGACAUAAGCAGCAGCUGCUGUGUCCUCAUGAGCUAAAAUCACUCAUUUUCUCUAUGGACCUUGGUGUGGCAGAGUGAGUGCUUUACAAACCCUGGAUAACGCCUGAUAAGCAUUUAUUUAUCGUCUCACGUUUAUUGGAUGGCCCAGCGUUUGGGCACGGGCCAUGUUGCUAUCGCGUCACUGAACUGUAAAUAGAAGUUACGCGGCGCGUAAUCCGUCAUUACUUAUCUGCUGAGGAAUUCAGUCCGGUGUGAAGUUUCCCCCCCAAAUAUUUAAGCUGUUGCUCAACAGGGACUGUGAUCAUGUGUCUGUGUCUCUGGAACACGACGCUCACCCACGCGGAGAAAACACAGCAAAGUGGACAUUUUUUGACAUCUAUAUUUAUGUUUUUGUUUCUGGACGUAAUAUCUGAGGUCGACUCAAGCUGCGAGAUUGUAAAUCAGUGUUAUUUGAAGCCACAACUUCAAGAAAUACAGUUCACUUCAACUGUGUUUUUGAGGUGAAGUGUUUAAAUCACAAUCCCAAGGAGAUGCACAACACUACCCACAAUCCUCCGGUGUAAAAGCAACGUUUCUGAUUGGCAGAGCUCGCCGUUAGCGCGCAAAUGUUUUACGGCAACGGCAAAAAUCCGAUUGCCCCCUUUUUAACGCACUGUAAACCAGUGUUUCCAAAUAUUUCUAGACUGUUUUUAAAGAUGGCAAACUGUCGUGGCCCAAAUCGCGAUAUACAUCGCGACUAGAACAAAUUUGCGCAAUGUCGCUACUAAUUUUACAGCCAUAUCUGUAACACUCACCGUCAUUUAUCAAACAUCACAAGAUAUGUGGCGGUAAACUAAUUAAACUCCAUUUUAUGCAUGUUGUUUGAAACAUGUACACAUAAAUCUUAACUUAGGGGUUAAGAUUUAAUUUAUGGUAAAAUUCCGCAAAUUUGUUUGGGCCCCCAAAAAAAUGAGUUGUUAGCUUAGUUGUUAGCGCAACAAGUGAGCAACCUCACGUGACAAACAGUCAGUGAUAAUAAAUGUUGUCAUGUUUGCCUUCAUAGGAUUACACGUCACGUAAUACUUGUUUUUUGCUCCAAAGCAAACAUUCAAAUUACAAUAAAUGGCAAACACGAGUUAAAUUCAAGAAGAAGAGUUGGCCGUCACUGGAAAAUAAUAAUUUGCAAUGGUUUGUGGGAGGUGUCGUUCCUUCACUCCUCAGAUUUUUGGUCACAUUUUUCGUCUCAUGGCUCGUCGACGUCGACUCUUCACCAGGAUUUUUUAGACUUUGAUAGAGGGGGAAACUCGCAACUGGAAUAUUUUAAUCUCUACAUACAACUGGAGCGCCCUCUAUUGGUGGGCAUUCACUGUAAUGCUGUGUUCCCGCCGGAUGCAACGCAAAUUUGUCACACGACUGCUGUUACGCUGUAGUUUAGAUCAGAAGCUGAACUCUUAUCUCCUCCGACAAUAUCUGCAGUGACUGUAGAGGGCGCCAGUCAACAACACUGCUCAUGCACACACAUGAACACCUCAGUGGAGCUACAACGGCAACUAUGUCGCGUCGUGGUGAACAAGUGCGUAAACGCGUUUCUGACUCCGCAACACUAGAUGGCAAUAUGCUAACUUUCAUCUUGUUAGUAUUUGGCAGUUUCUGGUCGACCUACUACCAAAAACCACUUUAGCUGGCAGCUAGCAUGUGUCCUUUUUUUUUUAAACUUAAUUUACUGA